AUGACCCGGGUUCUGGCCGGUCCUUAUUGUACUCAGAUUUUGGGCGAUCUUGGCGCUGAGGUGAUCAAGAUCGAGCAUCCUGUUCGCGGCGAUGAUACCAGAGCUUGGGGACCUCCAUAUGCAAAAUACAAGGAUGGGUCGUCUGCUAAAGGCCCUGGAGAGUCUGCCUACUUCUUAGGGGCAAAUCGGAACAAAAAGUCGUUGGGCUUGUCCUUCCAGCACAAAGAAGGAGUCGAGGUUCUUCACAAACUAGCUGCAAAAUGCGACGUCUUGGUCGAGAACUACCUCCCGGGGACUCUCAAGAAGUAUUCCAUGGACUAUGAGACCUUGCGUAAGAUUAACCCAGGUCUGAUAUAUGCCUCCAUUACAGGCUAUGGCCAAACAGGGCCGUAUUCCAACCGCGCUGGUUACGACGUCAUGGUUGAAGCUGAAUUUGGUCUGAUGCACAUUACUGGAGAGCGAGAUGGUCCUCCAGUCAAGGUUGGUGUCGCGGUAACUGACCUGACGACUGGUCUCUACACCAGCAACAGCGUCAUGGCGGCGCUUUUGGGACGGGCCAAGUCAGGAAAAGGUCAACAUAUCGAUGUCGCACUGAGCGAUUGCCAAACAGCGACAUUGGCCAACAUCGCCAGCAGCUGUUUGGUGAGUGGAAAGAAGGAUUCUGGCCGCUGGGGCACAGCUCAUCGUAAGUUUGACUAUCUGAAUGAGAAUUCCAAUGCUGACUCAGAAGCUUCCAUUGUUCCAUACAAGUCUUUCGAGACCAAAGAUGGAGGUAUUCUGUUCGGUGGAGGUAACGAUCGGCUGUUUGGUGUUCUCUGUGAUGGUCUAGGUCAACCACAGUGGAAGGACGACGCGCGAUACAAAACCAACGCCGAUAGAGUCGAACAUCGGAACGAUCUAGAGGCCAAGAUUGAGGCAAUCACAAAACUUAAGACAACCCGAGAAUGGCUUGAGAUCUUCGAGGGCAAGGGUAUGCCCUAUGCUGCCAUCAAUGAUGUCCAGGGGACGCUCAACCACGAGCAUACAAAGGCCCGGAACAUGGUUGUCGAGAUGGAACACGAUGAGUGCGGCCCUCUGAAAAUGGUCAACACGCCUAUAAAGUUGUCGGAGACUCCUCCAACGAUUCGCAGCGCGCCGCCUAUGUUGGGUCAGCAUACUAAUGAAGUGCUACAAGAGCAUCUUGGGCUAGGCGAAGCUGAUAUUACUGCAUUGAGGGAAAAGGGAAUUGUCGGAUAG